UCUCUUCUCUCUUUCUCUCUCUCUGCUCGUACGUUCUUCUUCUUCUUCUUCUUCCUCAUUUGAUGUAAUUCACCAUCUUUUUUUUUUGAUUUCGACAACGACAAAAGCGAGAUAAAAGAAGCGACACUUUCCAGGUGAGUUUUGCUGGGUGUUAAUUUGACCGAGAGAUGGAUUCUGAGUCCCGGCGCCGUUUGGAGACUUUAAAGUGAUGCUUCUGGAAGGCGGAUUUUGGUUCAGAAGCGAGGUGUGAGGGGAUUUCAUUAGGUUUCUUCACCUUCCACAGAGGAAACCAAGGCUGAAGCUAAAGGGGAGUUAUAAUGCAGAUGUUGAAGGCCUUCCUUCCUGGAACGCAGGAGGAAACAUUAUCUUCCUCGCACUCCAGGGAAGUCGAUGCAAAAUUGGAAAUGGACGACCCAGAGAAGGCAAUGGCAACGAUUGCUCAGCUUAUAGAGCAACUUCACGCGAAAACAUCUUCCCCACAAGACAAAGAACUCACAACAGCUCGUCUACUAGGUAUUGCAAAAGGCAAAAGAGAGGCAAGAAGGCUGAUCGGUUCAUAUGGCCAAGCAAUGCCUUUAUUCAUUUCCUUGCUUAGAAAUGGGACAAGUUUGGCCAAAGUAAAUGUCGCUUCAAUCCUUUGUGUUUUAUGCAAAGACAAAGACUUGCGACUUAAAGUGCUUCUAGGAGGAUGCAUCCCGCCAUUACUCUCGGUUUUGAAGUCUGGAACCAUUGAAACUAAAAAAUCAGCGGCAGAAGCUAUAUAUGAGGUUUCUUCUGCUGGAAUUUCCAAUGAUCACAUUGGCAUGAAAAUAUUUAUCACAGAAGGUGUAGUGCCAACUUUGUGGGAUCAACUUAGCCUGAAAGGAAAUCAGGGAAAAGUGGUUGAAGGUUAUGUUACUGGAGCUUUGAGGAAUCUUUGUGGCGUUGAUGAUGGAUAUUGGAGACUGACACUAGAGGGUAGUGGUGUGGACAUAGUUGUGUCUCUUUUGUCAUCUGAUAAUCCUAAUUCUCAAGCAAAUGCUGCGUCUCUGCUGGCUCGUCUAGUUCUAUCCUUUUGUGAUAGCGUCCAGAAAAUUUUAAAUUCUGGAGUUGUCAAGUCUCUGAUUCAACUUUUGGAACAGAAAAUUGAUAUCAAUGUUCGCGCUAGUGCAGCUGAUGCUUUGGAAGCACUUUCAUCAAGUUCCGAUGAGGCUAAGAAAUGUGUCAAAGAUGCAGGAGGUGUACAUGCUCUUAUAGGAGCCAUUGUUGCUCCUUCGAAAGAGUGUAUGCAGGGAAAACAUGGACAAUCUCUACAAGAACAUGCAACUGGAGCUUUAGCAAAUGUGUUUGGUGGGAUGCGCCAUUUAAUUAUAUAUCUUGGAGAAGAAUCACAAUCCCCUCGUCUAGCGGAGCCAAUUGGUGAUGUAAUUGGAGCCCUUGCAUAUGCUCUAAUGAUUUUUAAACAACCAGAGAGUUCGGAGAAUAAAUUUGAUCCAAGUGUGAUAGAGAGUAUUUUGGUAAAGUUACUAAAGCCUCGUGACACAAAGGUAAUUCAAGAACGGAUCUUGGAGGCUAUGGCGAGCUUGUACGGAAACAGUAGUCUAUCGUGUUACCUAAAUGAUGCAGAAGCUAAGAGAGUCCUUAUCGCUCUAAUAACUAUGGCUUCCUCUGAUGUACGAGAGCAUCUGAUCAUUUGUUUGUCUCGCUUAUGCCAUGACAAGGUUGGAAUUUGGGAGGCGAUUGGAAAGAGAGAAGGAAUCCAGUUAUUUAUAUCAUUUCUAGGUUUGUCUAGUGAGCAACACCAAGAGUAUGCUGUUGAAAUGUUGGAAAUUUUGACGGCUCAAGUGGAUGAUAUCGCAUUGUGGCUGCUAUGCAUACUCACUUCCGUUGAUGCUAAGUCAAAGGUCAUUGUUGUGGAAGCCGGCGGACUUGAGGUGCUCUUGGGGAAGCUUGCUAGGUAUACUUCCAGUCCGCAGGCUGAAUUUGAGGGCACAGAAGGCAUUUGGAUUAGUGCUCUCCUCCUGGCUAUCAUGUUCCAGGAUGACAAUGUGUCCUUUUCUUCAACGACAAUGCGGAUCAUUCCAACACUUGCACUUUUGCUAGGAUCUGAUGAACUGAUAGAUCGGUAUUUUGCUGCCCACGCACUGGCUAGUCUUGUGGCUAGGGCUUUGGACGCACUGUCCCGUCCGGUUAAGAAAAAUAAUAAUAAAAAGAAGUCUUACAUUGCAGAAGGAGACAUCAAGUCACUCAUAAAGUUGGCUAAGAACUCAUCCAUCGAUUCUGCAGAAAAUGCGAUUUCUGCCCUGGCAAAUCUUCUGUCUGAUCCGGAUAUCGCUGCAGAAGCACUAGCUGAAGAUGUUGUUUCAGCUUUCACAAGAAUUUUGGCUGAUGGAUCUGCGGAAGGUAAGAGAAAUGCAUCACGAGCACUUCAUCAGUUACUUAAGAACUUUCCAGUUUGUGAUGUGCUAAAGGGAAGUGCUCAGUGCCGUUUUGCUAUACUUUCACUCAUUGAUUCUCUAAAUUCAGUUGAUGUGGAUAGCCCAGAUACUUUCGACAUAUUAGAAGUAGUAGCACUCUUGGCAAAGACUAAGAAUGGGGUGAAUCUCUCUUACCCUCCAUUGAUUGCCCUUGCCGAAGUGCCAUCAAGCCUAGAGACCCUUGUGCAAUGCCUUAUCGAAGGCCAUACUCUUGUGCAAGAUAAGGCAAUAGAAAUUUUGUCCAGGCUUUGCUCUGAUCAACAGUUUUUGCUCAGUGAACUAAUAGUUUCGAGACCCAAGUCAAUGGGUGUUCUGGCUGAUAGAAUAGUGAAUGCAUCCAGCUUAGAAGUGAGAGUUGGGGGGGCAGCGUUGCUCUUAUGUGCUGCAAAGGAAAAAAAGCAGCUGAUCACGGAGACACUUAAUCAGUCUGGUUUUUCAAAAAUCUUGUUACAUGCCCUAGUUGAUAUGAUAAAGCAGAAUUCUACAUGCUUUUCUCUAGAAACUGAAGUCCAGACACCUAAAGGGUUUUUGGAAAAAAAUGUAUUCCAGGAUACAGGUAGUUUUUAUUUUCCUGAUCCAGCUAAAAUCUUGGGUGGUACAGUCGCAUUGUGGCUGCUAUGCAUACUCACUUCCGUUGAUGCUAAGUCAAAGGUCAUUGUUGUGGAAGCCGGCGGACUUGAGGUGCUCUUGGGGAAGCUUGCUAGGUAUACUUCCAGUCCGCAGGCUGAAUUUGAGGAUACAGAAGGCAUUUGGAUUAGUGCUCUCCUCCUGGCUAUCAUGUUCCAGGAUGACAAUGUGUCCUCUUCUUCAACGACAAUGCGGAUCAUUCCAACACUUGCACUUUUGCUAGGAUCUGAUGAACUGAUAGAUCGGUAUUUUGCUGCCCACGCACUGGCUAGUCUUGUUUGUACUAGGAACAGAGGAAUAAAUCUGACAAUUGCAAACUCAGGUGCUGUUUCUGGGAUAAUAAACCUUCUUGGCUAUGUGGAAUCAGAGAUACUGAACUUGGUUGCUUUGGCAAAUGAAUUUUCUCUGGUGAAAGAGCCUGAUCAGGUCGUUCUUCAACACCUUUUUGAAAUUGAAGAUGUGAGGCUUGGCUCCACUGCACGCAAAUCUAUCCCGCUACUUGUAGAUCUCUUGAGACCAAUUCCAGAUAGGCCUGGAGCCCCUCAGUUUGCCGUCCAAAUCCUGAUUCGCAUUGCUGAUGGAAGUGACACAAAUAAAUUACUAAUGGCUGAAGUUGGAGCUGUUGAAGCUUUAACAAAGUACCUUUCUCUAAGUCCUCAAGAUUCAACUGAGUACGCCAUAUCUGAAUUGCUUAGGGUAUUGUUUAGCAACCACGAGCUUAGACAAAACGAAAUGGCACUAAGUUCCUUGAAUCAGCUUAUCGCAGUACUGCGGCUAGGUUCGAGAAGUGCAAGAUACAGCGCAGCUGGGGCUCUGAAUGAGCUAUUUGGUGCUGAAAACAUCAGAAAUUCUGAAAUCGCCUGCCAGGCUGUUCAACCACUAAUGGACAUUCUCGGUACUGUAUCAGAAAGUGAGCAAGAGGUAGCUCUCUCUGCAUUGAUCAAACUAAGCUCAGGAAAUACUCCAAAUACAGCCCUUCUGAUUGAUGUAGAAGGAAGUCUGCUGGAAAACGUGAUCAAAAUCUUAUCAUCUACUUCUGCUUCAGAGGAGUUAAAGAUCAAUGCUGCCAGACUUUGUUCUGUUGUUUUCUUGAAUAAAAACAUCAGAACAAGUCCAUCCGCCUCCGGUUGCAUGAAGCCUUUAAUAACACUGAUGCAGUCUGAAAGAAGUGCAGCAGUUGAAGCAGCAGUUUGUGCUAUUAAGAUAUUAUUGGAUGACGAGCAACAUUUAGAACUAGCAGCCGCACAUAACAUUCAGGAGCUUUUUGUUGGCUUGGUUUCCGAAAGAAAUCACAGGAUUAUCGAGGCUAGCUUAUCAGCUCUCAUUAAGCUGGGGAAAGACAGAGUACCACGCAAGUUGGACAUGGUGGAAGCUGGAAUAAUUGAGCGAUGUCUUGAGCUGCUACCUGGAGCCUCAAGUUCAUUAUGUUCCUCUGUUGCGGAGCUGUUUCGCAUUUUAACAAAUAGUGGAGUUAUCGCGAGAAGACCAGAUGUUGCAAAAACUGUAGAGCCUCUAUUCACGGUCUUGCUCCGGUCAGACUUGACCUUAUGGGGGCAACAUAGUGCCCUACAAGCACUUGUAAACAUAUUGGAAAAACAGCAAAGCCUUGAAGCUUUUAGUUUUACACCCAGUGAAGCUAUCGUGCCUCUGAUUUCCUUUUUAGAAUCUUCAUCCCAAGCUAUCCAGCAGCUUGGAGCAGAACUGCUGAGCCAUUUUCUUACAAUGGAAGAUUUCCAGCAAGACAUCACAACACAGAGUGCUGUUCUUCCUCUGGUCCGGCUUGCAGGAAUUGGAAUACUGAGCCUGCAGGAAACUGCGAUAAAGGCAUUGGAGAAGAUAUCUGCUAGCUGGCCUAAGGCUGUUCUUGAUGCUGGAGGUAUUUUUGAGCUAUCCAAGGUUAUUCUUCAGGAAGAUCCUCAGCCCCCUCUUGACUUAUGGGAGUCAGCUGCUUUUGUUCUUUCCAAUAUUCUGCAGUAUGAUGUAGAAUGCUUUUUCAGAGUUGAACUUCCAGUGUUGGUAAAAUUGUUGUUCUCAACAAUUGAAAGCACAGUUUUACUGGCUCUAAAAGCAUUGAUGCUUCAUGAGAAAAACGAUGCUUCAAGCACAGUACAAAUGGCAGAGUGUGGUGCAAUCGAUGCAUUGCUGGACCUCCUGAGAUCUCAUCAAUGCGAGGAAGAAUCGGGAAGCUUACUUGAAGUAAUAUUUAACAACCCGAGAGUAAGAGAGUUGAAGUUAUGCAAAUAUGCAAUAGCACCACUAUCUCAAUAUCUGUUGGACCCUCAGACAAGAUCAGAACCUGGUAGGCUUCUUGCUGCUCUGGCACUUGGGGAUCUUUCUCAGCAUGAAGGGCUUUCUAGAUCCAGUGGUUCUGUAUCCGCUUGUCGGGCACUCAUUAGCGUGCUAGAGGAACAACCAACAGAAGAAAUGAAAGUGGUGGCCAUCUGUGCGUUGCAGAAUUUUGUGAUGAAUAGUCGAACGAAUAGAAGAGCUGUUGCAGAGGCUGGUGGCGUAUUGUUAAUUCAGGAGCUCCUGCUUUCGUGCAAUGCAGAAGUUUCUGGGCAGGCUGCACUGAUGGUCAAAUUUUUAUUUUCCAACCACACACUCCAAGAAUAUGUCUCGAAUGAACUUAUACGAUCACUAACAGCUGCACUUGAGAGAGGCUUGUGGUCUACAUCAACUAUAAAUAUCGAAGUUUUGAGAACCUUAAAUGUGAUUUUCUCCAAUUUUCCUAAGCUCCGUGCCUCAGAAGCUGCUACUUUCUGCAUCCCUCAUUUGGUAGGGGCGCUCAAAUCUGGCGUUGAAGACGUCCAGGGAUUGGUAUUGGAUAUUCUUUACUUGCUAAGGCACUCCUGGACGAAUAUGUCUAUAGAUGUUGCAAAGUCUCAAGCCAUGAUUGCAGCUGAAGCAAUUCCCGUCCUGCAAAUGCUGAUGAAAACAUGCCCUCCUAGGUUCCACGACAAGGCAGACAGCUUAUUGCACUGCUUACCAGGUUGUUUAACAGUGAACGUCAUGCGUGCCAAUAACUUAAAGCAGUCCAUGGCAACCACAAACGCCUUUUGUCAAUUAACAAUAGGAAACUGCCCUCCACGGCAAACUAAGGUCGUGAGCCAUAGCACUACUCCUGAAUGGAAAGAAGGCUUUACUUGGGCAUUUGAUGUUCCCCCCAAAGGACAAAAGCUUCACAUCAUAUGCAAGAGCAAGAGCACAUUUGGAAAGACGACUUUAGGCCGUGUUACUAUCCAAAUCGACAAAGUCGUGACAGAAGGAGAGUACAGUGGAUCUCUAAGCCUGAAUCAUGAAAACAGCAAAGAUGCCUCUUCCAGAUCACUCGACGUUGAGAUUGCAUGGUCCAAUAGGACAACGGAUGAGACCCAUUGAGAAACCAAACUACUCAAUCUUCACAAGGACAAUGCACUUGGUCAACGGAAGACUUAAUCUGUCUAAUGCUCUUGAUGGCUGCAUUUUGGUAGUUAAAGGAGAGCAAAGUCUGCAGCAGAUGUAUAGCAAUACAUGUAUAUGGGUAAUGAGUACGAUGUGUGAAAAAGGAACGUAGAAUCAAAGAGUUCCUACCUAAGCAAGAAAGAAAAUCUUUUUGUAUAGGUUGUUUCUCUUCUUUUUUGGUCCGCGAUGUUAUGUGUUGACAGUUUGUUCAUAAAACCUUUUUCGCUCGGGGAUCAACUAAGCAGCACGAAGUGCUCUGAUUCCUGUAGCGAUGUUUAAGUUAUUUAAUCAUCAUUUUGUCUGGGUUA